GAAAUCCUCCACGCUAAUAGAGCUGUCGGGAAUUCCGACUCUGCCAAAUACCGGUAGUGUGACAACAGACCUUUGUAGGCAGCUCUACACGGACGUGUACGGUAUAGUGCGCAAGAACACUGCACCGAUCAUGGCUUAUCGGUUGCUGCUGCGGAGGUCGACAUUGGUGCUCCUGUGUGUGAUCUACAUUGUUCUGGGACUCCAUAGCAGCACGGCGGAAUCCCAGCAGCAAGAACACUCCGAAGGGCGGAGAGCCGUUGAGGUCGAGCACGCUGCGGACGAGGAAGACGACACCGAUGGAGAAACCACACAGGCAGAAGUUAGCGUCGAAUUCAAUGCAAGCAGCUAUGUGACGUACAGUGUACCACUUGGCACCAUUGACAGCAAUCAGCUGAUUGUCCUGGACAAUGUCUUCAGCCAGGAAGAGGUGAGCCUGAUGGAGGCCUGGCUGACCUCCAAGAUGACAUCCUGGAUGUUCCACGGACUGGAUGCAUCGGAGUAUGAGCCUCAGCCGUAUUCACUGAAGAACAGGGCACCGUGGACGGCAAUGCUGUCAUCUGAAGGCUUCUCCAAGUCUGCACAGUGGCACAAGGUGAAGGCGGCGGCCAGCGGUUUGUUUACGCAUGGCAGCGGCGGUGGCGACGGCGGUGCAGUCGCGGAUUGGCAACUGGCCAGUAUUGUCGGCUAUGUCCUAAGGCAUGGUGACCAGGUGUUGCCCGACAACGGUCAGCAAAAUGAAACCUCCCUGGUUGCCCACAUCUACCUUGCAAGGUGGAUGCCAGUCUACGGCGGUGAAACUCUGCUGCUUUCCCCCGCGGAGCAGUCCCCGCGGUCCUCUGGGUGCAUUCAGCCAGGUCUGGGACGCUUUGCGCUGUUUCCGGCCAGCGCUACAAGAAUCAUGCACCCUCCUAGCAUCAACUGCCCGUCCGUCCUGGUGUAUCUUGAGCUGCGUCUUACCAGGUCCAGUACAGAAUACGAUAAUCUGCAGUCUUUUGAAAAGUCCUUCACGGCGGAGGUGUCUGCUCGCAACGGUGGCCAAUACGAAGCACACUUGUUUAAUGAUGCGCUGGCGAAGCGAGAGAAUCAGACUUAUGGGGAGAAGCCCGAAGAUCACCUUGUUAAAAGCUAUAGGGCUCGCAAUGGCAAACGACUUGCUGUGUUUGAUGGCUUCAUGGACAACACUAGCUUGUCGAACCUGCGGGAUCACAUUGUCCACCGGUCAUCGUAUCAAUUUGACAAGUCAAUGAGUGGUACUGACAACGUCAAAUGGAUAGCAGGCUUUGAGGCCUGGGCAUUCACGAAGAGUGAACUGUACGUCCAGCUACAGAAGAUUGUGGAUUAUUUCACGGGUGUCGGUAGCUACUAUCCACAUGAUGUCUCCUGCAACUUGAUUCGCACCACGGAUACUACCACCGUUCACGAGGACUGUGAGCCGGACGAAAACGAUGUCACACUGCUCGUUUAUCUGAACCCAAACUGGACAAGGAACAUGUUUGGUGAGACGCUAUUCCUUGUGGAUGCCCCAGGACAAAGCCUGGAGUCUGUGGCGGCCAUUCGACCGCGCUACGGCCGUGUGGCAAUAUUCGACGGUACGUUCAAGCACUCGGCCCGUCCGCCGUCGUCGAGCUUCCAUGGUGCCCGAUACACGUUUGCCGUCAAGUACUCGGCUUCCAAGGAACUUGCCGCGAAGAAAGACCCUACCGGGGACGCGGGCGAUGAUGACCAAGAUGAGGACGACGGUGACUCGGAUAGCAUGAUUGAUCUACCGGAGCUAGAGGACCUAAUGGAAGAGAUUCUGGCUGAAAUGGGUGCUCUUCCGAAUGGAAAGAUGAAAGACAAAGCACGAAAACUUGUCAGGAAAAUAAACCAGGCAAUCAAAGAUGGACGGCCAUUGGCUAGGUCGGAAGUAAUGGACGUUAUGGAUAGCUUAUACGCUGCUAUGCAAGAAUUGCGCUUGUGAGACUAGAAGCCCAACUUGAGAGCUUACUGCCGUGGAGGCUUCUCCCACGGCUUGGAUUGACUUGAAUCUUGCUUUAUCAUAGUCUUCACCAAUUUGCAUGGACAUCGGUAAGGAUACAAACUCUUCAGAAUGCCUCGGCAGCAUGCAUGUCGAAUGACACGAGGCGAUAGGGUCAGAAUCCAUUCCAUCACAUGCAGUCACUCUAUGAGAAUGGCAUGCAUGUGAACUAUUGUUGAGCAUGACCGUCCAAAACAGUUACGCAUCCAGUACAAUGCUUUGCAACAAGGUGACGCGCUGCCUAUCUGAGUUUCACAGAACAGUGCAUAGAGGUGAUCGACUGGCUGGCGCCAAGCAAUUCUUCCUCUUACUAAGUCUUAGGUCCGACAAUCAGCAGCUAGUGCCACUGUCUGGCCUGGGCGACGGCUACGUCUUGACACUUGUGUGAUGUCAAGCGGAAAGGAGAACAACAGUAUUUAUUAAAUUUAGUUAUUGAUUUACUCACCAGCACCAAUAUGAUAUGCCCCUGGACUAUGCUGGGUAUCAGCGGACUACCUGUGAAUAACUUCAGAAAGGAGGCGGAGAUUUACUCUCAUUUACGCUCAUCCUAUUUCAAUGGUUAAGGUCUAAUGAACAGUACAUAUUUGAUGUGAUCUGUAGGCUGUUUUUUCCCAGAUAGCAUGGCUACCAUGCAUGUUUAAAACAAACCCCGCG